AUGGCCACUUACAAGCUGCUGCUAAGUCUAGCACUGCUGCAGCUCACUCUGGGCAUCAGAGUUGAGAACGAACCGACGACUGCCGCCAACAGCAGCAACAGCUACAGAAUCUCCAGGCCUGAGCCCAAGCAGCCAAUUAAACGUGUGCCGCCGCAUCUGCAGGAUGUGCGUCCUGGCUAUGUGGAUGACGAUGCAGGCGAUGUCAUACGCAUUAUAGAGCCACCGCCGCACUUUCAGCAGCUCAAGCGUCAGCGCCAACGACAACAAAGCGGCGCACCUCAAAUGGCUGUGGUCUGGGAGCAGCCGCGCAAGCUGAGCAUCAAUCGCCCAUCGCAGUCGCAGCCCACGCCCACUGCAGCAGCAGCACAACGCGUUAAGCGUCCUGCAACUGGAGCUGGCGACUUGCUAACACAAGAAGCGCAGCUUAAUCCACACAUCACCAACAGUUUGCAGCUGCCUGUGGAAAUUCUCGCCUCGGUGCGCAAGACUGAACGCCUGCUGCAGCGUCAACGUCAGCAACUGCCGCUGGUGCGUCAGCGGCACAUACAGCGUCAAACGCAUACGCUGAUAGCUCAAAAGUCCUUGGAGCAGCAGCGCUACCAGCGCAUGCAGCAGCAGCGACUGCGCGCCUUGUUGAGUCAGGAGCACAAACGCAGCAAGCGCGUCAAGCGUGAGUUACGUUCGGACUACGGCGUGGCAGAGGGACUGAAGCUAGUGGCGCACCUGGGUGAGCUGCUGCAGAAUGCAACGCGCCUGCUGCCCGAUGAGCAGGCACCAACAACAACUGAGACAACAACAACAACAACUCAGGCAACAAAGUGCGACAGGCGCAGACGCUGUGCGUCGCAAAAGACAACGCCAAAGAGGCGGGGACGUUACUUCCGGCAUGAAGCAACCACAGCAGCAGCAGCAACAAAUUUGUCUACGACAACAACUUCCGCAACACCAUUGGCCAGUCGUCUGGUAAAUUCACGUAAAUCACCAAAUUCAAAUACAAAUAACCGCAAUCAGCUGACGCUGGCUCAGCUGCCCUCCUACCGCAGCGAUGACGCUAUACUCUAUGCGGAUGUUAUGUCGAAUAUACGUAAUUUGUGGCAGGAGCAUGUCUCGAGUGCAUCACAGUUCAAUGGCCAGCAGCAGCCGGUGCAGCACAACGAUACAACAGACUAUCGAGCUUUGCAUGUUUAUUUGCAUGAGCUGGAUGAAAUUUCCAAAAAGUUGCCCACUGUAGCGCCCAUCAUUAAACUGAAUCAAGAGGAAUUUAUGCGUGCCACGCCCACAUCUAGCUGGUAUUUGAUUAACAAUGAAGGCGAAAUCUACGAAACACAGAACACGCCCAAGACGCAGUUGUUCCAUCGCUUUCCUGACAUUAACGCCUCUGCUUCGACGCAAGACUUGAACUGA